AUGAAUGAUGUCAUCAAGAAGGUGAAAAAGAAGGGAGAAUGGAAGGCGCUGAUUGUGGACCAACUCAGCAUGAGGAUGUUGUCCUCUUGCUGCAAGAUGACAGACAUCAUGACGGAAGGCAUAACCAUUGUGGAGGACAUCAACAAGCGGCGAGAGCCUCUUCCCAGCCUAGAGGCCAUUUUUCUGAUCACACCUACAGAAAAGUCGGUCCAUACCCUCAUUGGAGACUUCAAAGACCCUCAUUCAGCGAAAUACAAAGCAGCCCAUGUUUUCUUCACCGACUCCUGCCCCGAUCCUUUGUUCAAUGAGCUGGUGAAGAGCCGUGCUUCCAAAACCAUCAAGACACUGACAGAGAUCAACAUCGCCUUCUUGCCAUAUGAGUCUCAGGUGUACUCUCUGGACAAUGCUGAUGCCUUCCACAGUUUCUACAGCCCCCAUAAGACCCAAUUGAAGAACCCUGUAAUGGAGAGGCUGGCUGAGCAACUGGCCACACUGUGUGCCACGCUUAAGGAGUACCCUGCCGUCAGAUACCGAGGGGACUACAAAGACAAUGCGACCCUGGCUCAGCUGGUUCAAGAUAAACUGGAUGCCUACAAGGCUGAUGACCCUACCAUGGGAGAGGGUCCAGAUAAGGCUCGUUCACAGUUGAUCAUCUUGGACAGGGCCUUUGACCCUGUCUCACCUGUGCUGCAUGAGCUCACCUUCCAGGCUAUGGGCUAUGACUUGCUGCCCAUUGAAAACGACGUUUACAAGUAUGACACUAGUGGCAUGGGAGACUCUCGUGAGAAAGAGGUUCUUCUGCAUGAAGACGAUGACCUGUGGGUCAGCCUGAGACACAAACACAUUGCAGAGGUGUCCCAGGAAGUGACACGUCAGCUGAAGGAGUUUUCUUCCAGCAAGAGAAUGAACACUGGAGAAAAGACCACAAUGAGGGAUCUGUCCCAGAUGUUGAAGAAAAUGCCUCAGUAUCAGAAGGAGCUAAGCAAGUACUCCACUCACCUGCAGCUUGCUGAAGACUGCAUGAAGCAUUACCAGGGGACAGUAGACAAGCUGUGCCGUGUGGAACAGGACCUUGCGAUGGGCACAGAUGCUGAGGGGGAAAAAAUUAAAGAUCCCAUGAGGGCUAUCGUACCCAUUCUGCUGGAUGCCAAUGUCAGCACAUACGACAAAAUCCGCAUCAUCCUGCUCUACAUCUUCCUCAAGAAUGGCAUAACGGAGGAGAACCUGAACAAGCUCAUCCAGCAUGCUCAGAUCCCCCCUGAAGACAGUGAGAUAAUCACCAACAUGGCUCAUCUGGGAGUCCCCAUUGUCACAGACUCAACCCUCCGCAGAGGCAAGAAAUUGGACAGAAAGGAGAGAGUGAGCGAGCAGACCUACCAACUGUCCCGCUGGACACCACUGGUUAAAGACAUCAUGGAGGAUGCCAUUGAUGAUAAGCUAGACACCAAGCACUACCCCUACAUCUCUACUCGCUCUUCUGCCUCUUUCAGUACCACUGCUGUCAGUGCUCGGUAUGGACACUGGCACAAGAACAAGACACCCGGAGAAUACCGCACCGGCCCUCGUGUCAUGGUCUUCAUCAUUGGGGGAGUGUCCUUCAGCGAGAUGCGCUGCGCCUAUGAGGUCACACAGGCCAAUGGGAAGUGGGAAGCCAUCAUUGGUUCCACCCACAUGCUCACCCCCACCAAAUUCUUAUCGGACCUGCAGCACCCCGACUUCCGAGAGUCCACUAGGGUGUCCUUUGAGGACGCAGACGCCUCAGACGAGUGA